AUGAACCACUUUGCAGAGACCUCUUCUCGGAACCCGACCACCUCCUCCCCCUUUAGCGCCACCUCCUUCGUUCCCUUUGCAUCCACCAACGGGCCAUCGGCGAAGAGAGCUCGUAAAAAUUCGAACAGUACUCGCACACCGGCGAUGCAAAUGAACGGCAUCAGCAAGAAGAAGAAAACUCCGAAGAUCCGGUUGACACCCGCCUUCCAAAAAUCUCGCCUCAACAAGUCCACCUCCGCGCUCGAUGACCAUCGAAAUCCCGUCUUCAAUCCGGAUUGGACAUUUGAGGAGUCGGAAGGAGGAGGCUCAAACCGCAGGCGC